AGGAGCGUUUAAAUACGGGCUGGGGUGUGGCGCCGAGCAGGCUGCAGGAGGAGCGUGCGGACACCAGGCACCCGAGGGCGCGGGGACUGAAUCGGAGGCCCAGAGGAAGGUGCUGUCGGAGCCGCCGGGCGGGGAGCAGCGUUCGGCGCUGGAAUACAAUCAUGUUUGAAAUUAAGAAAAUCUGUUGCAUCGGUGCGGGCUACGUUGGAGGACCCACGUGUAGUGUCAUUGCGCAUAUGUGCCCUAAAAUUAGGGUGAUGGUAGUUGACGUCAAUGAAUCCAGAAUCAAUGCAUGGAACUCUCCCACACUUCCUAUUUAUGAGCCAGGACUAAAAGAAGUGGUUGAAUCCUGUCGAGGAAAGAAUCUCUUUUUUUCUACGGAUAUUGAUGAUGCCAUUAAAGAAGCUGACCUUGUAUUUAUUUCUGUGAAUACUCCGACAAAAACCUAUGGGAUGGGGAAAGGCCGUGCUGCCGAUCUGAAGUACAUUGAAGCUUGUGCUAGACGCAUUGUGCAGAACUCACAUGGGUACAAAAUUGUGACUGAGAAAAGCACAGUUCCAGUGCGAGCAGCAGAAAGUAUUCGUCGUAUAUUUGAUGCAAACACAAAACCCAACUUGAACUUACAGGUGUUGUCCAACCCUGAGUUCUUGGCAGAGGGGACGGCCAUCAAGGACCUAAAGAACCCAGACAGAGUACUGAUUGGAGGGGAUGAAACCCCAGAGGGUCAGAAAGCUGUGCAGGCACUGUGUGCCGUGUAUGAACAUUGGGUUCCCAGAGAAAAAAUUCUCACGACUAAUACUUGGUCUUCAGAACUUUCCAAACUGGCAGCGAAUGCUUUUCUAGCCCAGAGAAUCAGCAGCAUUAACUCUAUAAGUGCCCUCUGUGAAGCAACAGGAGCCGACGUAGAAGAGGUAGCGACAGCCAUUGGAAUGGACCAGAGAAUUGGAAAUAAGUUUCUGAAAGCCAGUGUUGGUUUUGGUGGGAGCUGCUUUCAAAAAGAUGUUCUGAAUUUGGUGUAUCUCUGUGAGGCUUUGAAUUUGCCUGAAGUAGCUCGUUAUUGGCAGCAGGUCAUAGACAUGAAUGACUACCAGAGGAGGAGGUUUGCUUCCCGGAUUAUAGACAGCUUAUUUAAUACCGUGACUGAUAAGAAGAUAGCUAUUCUGGGAUUUGCAUUCAAAAAGGACACUGGUGAUACGAGAGAGUCCUCUAGUAUAUAUAUUAGCAAAUAUUUGAUGGAUGAAGGUGCACACCUCCAUAUAUAUGAUCCAAAAGUACCCAGGGAACAAAUAGUUGUGGAUCUUUCUCAUCCAGGUGUUUCAGCUGAUGACCAAGUGGCCCGACUGGUGACCAUUUCCAAGGAUCCAUAUGAGGCAUGUGAUGGUGCUCAUGCUGUUGUUAUUUGCACUGAGUGGGACAUGUUUAAGGAACUGGAUUAUGAACGCAUUCAUAAAAAAAUGUUGAAGCCAGCCUUUAUCUUUGAUGGACGGCGUGUCCUGGAUAGCCUCCACCAUGAACUGCAAACCAUUGGCUUCCAGAUUGAAACGAUUGGCAAAAAGGUGUCUUCAAAGAGAAUUCCAUAUGCUGCUUCUGGUGAAAUUCCAAAGUUUAGUCUUCAGGAUCCACCCAACAAGAAACCCCGAGUAUAGAACUUGAUGGUUCUUUUUUUUUCUUCUUUUAGCGGUUCUUAUUUGUCUUUCUUUCUUUGUUCCUAAUCAUUUUAUUGGGGCCA